UUUCCUCGGCGUGGUCUCACCCGCGAUUUAAGGCAUAGGUGUCGCCGAGCCGGGAGGCUGGGAGUCGCCGGGCGUGCGGGGGAGAGGCCGGGCCGCGCCGCGGCGGGGGGCGGAGGGAGAGGGCCGGCCGGGCGGGAAGGUGGGCUCUGGCCGCGGGGAACCGGGGACCGAGCCGCCGCCGCCCCUAGAGGGGAGCAGCCGGGACGAGGGGCCGCAGUCCGGGGAGGGGGCCCCACGAUGCCCAAAGUCUUUCUGGUGAAGAGGAGGAGCCCGGGGGUCUCGGUCCGCAGCUGGGAUGAGCUCCCGGACGAGGAGAGGGCAGACACCUACAUCCCAGUGGGCCUGGGCCGUCUGCUCCACGACCCUCCCGAGGACUGCCGUAGCGACGGCGGCAGCAGCAGCGGCGGCGGCAGCAACAGCGCGGGGGAGCCCGGAGGCGCGGAGAGCAGCUCGUCCCCGCGCGCCCCCGAGCGCGAAACCCCCGAGCCUGGCGAUGGCGAGGUCCCCGGUGGACACCUGGCGACGAAGCAGCGCCCGGUCGCCAGAUCGAAAAUCAAGUUCACCACAGGCACCUGUGGCGGCGAUGCGGCGAUUCACACCUGCGACCUGUGCGGCAAGGCCUUCCGCCUGCAGCGCAUGCUCAACCGGCACCUCAAGUGCCACAGCCAGGUGAAGAGGCACCUGUGCAGCUUCUGCGGCAAGGGCUUCAACGACACCUUCGACCUCAAGAGGCACGUGCGCACGCACACAGGCAUUCGCCCCUACAAAUGUGACGUCUGCCACAAAGCCUUCACCCAGCGUUGCUCCUUGGAAUCCCACCUGAAGAAGAUACAUGGGGUGCAGCAGCAGUAUGCCUACAAGCAGCGCCGGGACAAGCUGUACGUCUGCGAAGACUGUGGCUACACGGGCCCCACCCAGGAGGACCUGUACCUGCAUGUGAAUGGUGCCCACCCGGGCAGCGCGUUCCUCAAAAAGACAUCCAAGAAACUGGCAGCCCUCUUGCAAAACAAGCUGACAUCCACGCUCCAGGGCGGUGCCAUCCUGAGCGAGGAGGAGGAGAAGUAGGAGGGGGCGUGGAUGCCAACGCUGCUACGUGCCCACAGGUGCCCGGUCUUGAGGGCCCCCUGACCCGCGGGCUCUUUCUAAGUCCAAGUGUUCCGUCCAUCUCUCUGUCCUCUGGGGGCCUCGAUGGGGGGGCUCCGUUCCAAGGCUGUCAGUGAUAACAGUGGCUUCAGGCCCCCCGUAACCUGUAUCCUCAGGACCACUGUCACAUGAAUGAAAGCUUAUGGAUGGCUAUGAUCACCGUCUGGGGUUUGGGUUUUUUUGUUUUUUUUUUUUUUUAGGAUCUUCACACAUGGAGGCAGGGGUGUUCUUAAGAGAGACACCCCUUGGAGAGAUUGAUAACGGUGCCUUGCAAUAAAAGUACGUCCACUUGAAAUGCUACUCCAGCAGGG